AUGAAGAUUCGCAUUGCCGCGCCCAAGGACUUCAGCGGCGACCUGCACUUGCGUGGUUCCCUAGACGGCGCUCAAGGAGAAGCAGUAGACAUAGCCAGUUUAGGAAGCCCGGGCCAGGCGCAAGGAGAAGCAGUAGCCAGAGCCAGUUUAGGAAGCCCGAGCCAGGCUCAAGGAGAAGCAGUACACAUAGCCAGUUUAGGAAGCCCGGGCCAGGCGCAAGGAGAAGCAGUAGCCAGAGCCAGUUUAGGAAGCCCGGGCCAGGCGCAAGGAGAAGCAGUAGCCAGAGCCAGUUUAGGAAGCCCGGGCCAGGCACAAGGAGAAGCAGUAGCCAGAGCCAGUUUAGGAAGCCCGGGCCAGGCGCAAGGAGAAGCAGUAGCCAGAGCCAGUUUAGGAAGCCCGAGCCAGGCGCAAAGAGAAGCAGUACACAGCCAGUUUAGGAAGCCCGGGCCAGGCGCAAGGAGAAGCAGUAGCCAGAGCCAGUUUAGGAAAGCCCGGCCAGGCGCAAGGAGAAGCAGAGAAGCAGUAGCCAGAGCCAGUUUAGGAAGCCCGGCCAGGCGCAAGGAGAAGCAGUACCAGAGCCAGUUUAGGAAGCCCGGGCCAGGCGCAAGGAGAAGCAGUAGCCAGAGCCAGUUUAGGAAAGCCCGGGCCAGGCGCAAAGGAGAAGCAGUAGCCAGAGCCAGUUUAAGGAAGCCCGGGCCAGGCGCAAGGAAAAGCAGUAGCCAGAGCCAGUUUAGGAAGCCCGGCCAGGCGCAAGGAGAAGCAGUAGCCCAGAGCCAGUUAAAGCCGGGCCAGCCCGGCCCGAGCAGCGCAAGAGCCCAGUUUAGGAAGCCCGAGCCAGGCGCAAAGAGAAGCAGUACACAUAUCCAGUUUAGGAAGCCCGAGCCAGGCGCAAAGAGAAGCAGUAGCCAGAGCCAGUUUAGGGAAGCCCGAGCCAGGCCAAGAGAAGCAAUUCCUUGUGAGGAAAGCCAGAGAAAUUACAGCAACCUUGGCCAGGGCGCGGCAGAACCCGAGGACGACGGCGACCAAGACGAUGAGGGCGAGCAGUGCGCCGAGCUCGACCGAAGUCUAUACCUAGGCUUCUGCUUUCUCGUCGAAGGCGGGGAGGGUCUGCGACGACUCCUCACUGCACUCCUGCUGGGCAAGGCUAUAAACGACAUGCGGUGA